UCCUCCAGCCUGCUCCACAUCAAGUGAUAACUAAUCUUCCUGAAGGGGUUCGCCUUCCAACCACCCGACCAACCAGGCCGCCACCACCUCUCAUCCCAUCCUCCAAAACCACCGUGGCUUCUGAAAAGCCGUCGUUUAUCAUGGGAGGCUCCAUCUCACAGGGAACACCCGGCACCUAUCUGACUUCCCACAGUCAGGCCUCCUACGCUCCAGAAACAGCUAAGCCCUCCGUGGGAUCCAUCUCUCUUGGACUGCCACGGCAGCAGGAACCCUCCAAAUCAGCUGCUUUGCCCUACAUCAAGCAAGAAGAAUUUUCUCCUCGAAGCCAAAAUUCCCAACCCGAGGGUUUACUGGUCAGGGCCCAACAUGAAGGUGUGGUCAGAGGCACCGCAGGAGCCAUCCAGGAGGGAAGUAUAACUCGAGGAACCCCAAGCAGCAAGAUCUCCGUGGACAGCAUCUCCUCCCUGCGGGGCUCCAUCACUCAGGGUACCCCGGCUCUGUCCCAGGCUGGCAUACCCACUGAGGCACUGGUGAAGGGAUCCAGUUCUCGAAUGCCCAUUGAAGAGCGUAGUCCUGAGAAAGGCAGAGAAGAAGCCGCAUCCAAAGGCCAUGUUAUCUAUGAAGGCAAGAGUGGACAUAUCCUGUCCUACGACAAUAUUAAGAAUGCCCGAGAAGGGACUAGGAGUCCGAGAACAGCACAUGAAAUGAGUUUAAAAAGAAGCUAUGAAUCCGUUGAAGGAAAUAUAAAGCAAGGGAUCUCGAUGAGGGAGUCUCCUGUCUCAGCACCACUAGAGGGGCUGAUCUGCCGAGCCUUGCCUAGGGGAAGCCCUCACUCUGACCUCAAAGAAAGGACCGUGCUGUCAGGCUCCAUAAUGCAGGGCACACCAAGAGCAACAACUGAAAGCUUUGAAGAUGGCCUUAAGUAUCCCAAACAAAUUAAAAGGGAAAGUCCUCCCAUUAGGGCAUAUGAAGGCGCCAUUACCAAAGGAAAACCAUACGAUGGCGUUACCACCAUCAAGGAGAUGGGGCGUUCCAUUCAUGAGAUCCCACGGCAAGACAUUUCAACUCAGGAGAGCCGGAAGACUCCAGAAGUGGUCCAGAGCACGAGGCCCAUCAUUGAAGGGUCCAUUUCCCAGGGUACACCAAUAAAGUUUGACAGCAACUCAGGUCAAUCUGCCAUCAAACACAAUGUCAAGUCUCUGAUCACAGGACCUAGUAAACUUCCCCGCGCCAUGCCUGUGGAGAUUGUGCAAGAGAACAUCAAAGUGGUAGAAAGGGCGAAGUAUGAAGAUGUCAAAGCCGGCGAGCCCGUGCGUUCCCGGCACACAUCUGUGGUGAGCUCGGGCCCCUCGGUCCUCAGGUCCACCCUCCACGAAGCUCCCAAGGCCCAGCUGAGCCCGGGCAUCUACGAUGACACCAGUGCCCGGAGGACUCCUGUGAGCUACCAGAACACCAUUUCCAGAGGCUCACCCAUGAUGAGCAGAACCUCUGAUGUUACUAUUUCUUCCAGCAAGUCUACCAAUCAUGAGAGGAAGUCUACACUGACCCCUACCCAGAGGGAGAGUAUACCAGCGAAGUCCCCGGUGCCCGGAGUGGACCCUGUCGUGAGCCACAGCCCGUUCGAUCCCCACCACAGGGGCAGCACUGCAGGAGAGGUUUACCGGAGCCAUCUGCCCACGCAUUUGGAUCCAGCCAUGCCGUUCCACAGGGCUCUGGAUCCUGCAGCUGCUGCUUACCUGUUUCAGAGACAGCUUUCACCAACUCCAGGCUACCCAAGUCAGUAUCAGCUCUAUGCAAUGGAGAACACGAGGCAGACAAUCUUAAAUGAUUACAUUACCUCACAGCAGAUGCAAGUGAACUUGCGCCCAGAUGUAGCCAGAGGACUCUCCCCGAGAGAACAGCCACUGGGUCUCCCGUACCCGGCAACCAGAGGAAUCAUUGACCUGACCAAUAUGCCUCCAACGAUUCUAGUGCCUCACCCUGGGGGGACCAGCACCCCUCCCAUGGACAGAAUCACGUACAUUCCCGGGACACAGAUCACUUUCCCCCCCAGGCCAUACAACUCUGCAUCCGUGUCUCCUGGACACCCGACACACCUUGUAGCAGCUGCAAGCGCGGAGCGGGAGCGAGAGCGGGAGCGUGAACGCGAGCGAGAGAGGGAGAGAGAGAGGGAGAAAGAACGGGAACGGGAGCGGGAGCGGGAGCGGAUCGCUGCAGCCUCCUCGGACCUCUACCUGCGCCCAGCAGGCUCAGAACAGCCCGGCCGGCCUGGCAGCCACGGGUAUGUCCGCUCCCCGUCCCCUUCCGUGAGAGCUCAGGAGACCAUGUUGCAGCAGAGACCCAGCGUCUUCCAGGGAACCAACGGAACCAGCGUCAUCACCCCUUUGGAUCCAACUGCUCAGCUACGAGUCAUGCCACUGCCCGCUGGGGGCCCUUCCAUAAGCCAAGGCCUGCCAGCCUCCCGCUACAACACUGCUGCGGACGCCCUGGCUGCUCUUGUGGAUGCCGCAGCUUCUGCACCCCAGAUGGAUGUUUCCAAAACAAAAGAGAGUAAGCAUGAAGCUGCCAGGUUAGAAGACAAUUUGAGAAGCAGGUCAGCUGCAGUUAGUGAGCAGCAGCUAGAGCAGAAAACCCUGGAGGCGGAGAAGAGAUCUGUUCAGUGUCUGUACACUUCUUCAGCCUUUCCAAGUGGCAAGCCCCAGCCUCAUUCUUCAGUAGUUUAUUCUGAGGCUGGGAAAGAUAAAGGGCCUCCUCCAAAAUCCAGAUAUGAGGAAGAGCUAAGGACCCGAGGGAAGACUACCAUUACUGCAGCUAACUUCAUAGACGUGAUCAUCACCCGGCAAAUUGCCUCGGACAAGGAUGCGAGGGAACGUGGCUCUCAAAGUUCAGACUCUUCUAGUAGCUUGUCUUCUCACAGGUAUGACACAACUAAUGAUGCUAUUGAGGUGAUAAGCCCAGCCGGCUCACCUGCGCCGCCCCGGGAGCAGCUGCAGGCCUAUCAGCCAGAGACUGUUAAAGCAAAUCAAGCAGAAAACGAUCCGGGCAGACCGUACGAAGGACCGCUGCAUCACUACCGAGCCCAGCAGGAGUCGCCCUCUCCGCAGCAGCAGCUGCCCCCUUCCUCCCAGGCAGAGGCAGUGGGCCAAGUGCCCAGGACCCACCGGCUCAUCACGCUUGCUGAUCACAUCUGUCAAAUUAUCACACAGGAUUUUGCUAGAAAUCAAGUUCCCUCGCAGACUCCCCCACAGCCUCCCACUUCUACAUUCCAAAACUCGCCAUCUGCUUUGGUGUCCACACCUGUGCGGACAAAAUCAUCAAGCCGUUACAGCCCAGAGUCCCAGCCGCAGCCUGUCCACCAUCAGAGACCAGGUCCUAGAGUCUCUCCAGAAAAUCUCGUGGACAAAUCUCGGGGCAGGCCUGGAAAAUCGCCAGAGAGGAGUCACGUGUCUUCAGAGCCCUACGAGCCCAUCUCCCCACCCCAGGUUCCGGUUGUGCAUGACAAACAGGACAGCAUGCUGCUCUUGGCGCAGAGGGGAGCAGAGCCUGCGGAGCAGAGGAAUGAUUCCCGCUCACCAGGGAGCAUUAGCUACUUGCCUUCAUUCUUCACCAAGCUUGAAAACACGUCCCCCAUGGUUAAGUCAAAGAAGCAGGAGAUUUUUCGUAAGUUGAACUCCUCUGGUGGAGGUGACUCUGACAUGGCAGCAGCUCAGCCAGGAACAGAGAUCUUUAAUCUGCCAGCAGUUACAACAUCAGGCUCCGUCAGCUCCCGCGGGCAUUCCUACGCUGACCCUGCCAGUAACCUCGGUCUGGAAGACAUCAUCAGGAAGGCUCUCAUGGGAAGCUUCGAUGACAAAGUGGAGGAUCACGGGGUGGUCAUGUCCCAGGCUGUGGGGGUAGUGCCUGGCGCCGCCACGUCAGUUGUGACCAGCAGUGAGGCCCGGCGAGAGGAAGGGGACCCGUCACCUCACUCAGGCGUCUGCAAACCAAAGCUGAUCAGCAAGUCAAACAGCAGGAAAUCUAAAUCUCCCAUCCCUGGGCAAGCCUACCUGGGGGGCGAGCGGCCCUCGUCCGUGUCCUCGGUCCACUCGGAAGGGGAUUACCACAGGCAGACGCCGGGCUGGGCCUGGGAGGACAGGCCCUCUUCAACAGGUUCGACGCAGUUCCCGUAUAACCCUCUGACGCUGCGGAUGCUAAGCAGCACCCCACCCACUCCGAUCGCAUGCGCCCCCUCGGCCGUGAGCCAGGCAGCUCCUCACCAACAGAACAGGAUCUGGGAGCGAGAGCCCGCCCCGCUGCUCUCGGCGCAGUACGAGACGCUGUCGGACAGCGACGAGUGAGCGGACGUGAGGCUGGACGGGGGAAGGGAGGAGCCCGGCUCCGGGUUCGUGUUAGUAAGUGCAGGUCGGAACCUGCCCUCCUAUGAUUUGUGCCCAGAGACUUUUCAGGAGAGCCAGGGCCACGGAUGAUGGAGAAAUGAUAAAAAUUUGUUUGGAGAGUCAAUAGGAGAAAACAAAAACCGCCUUUGAUAUGGUCAGUUGAGUGGAUUAUAAUUGUAGAGGGGUGAAUUGUAGAGUUUUUAAAAAGUGGACAAUUCCUGUUUGUAAAGAAAACCAUAAUGUCUUUAAAUCACUCUUAUUGUAAAUAGAGGACCUUUUUGCAGUGUAGCCCCUUGCUGUAGAUCUGGUGUACUUAUGUUCAAAGCAGCGCAUCAACUCGGGGGGGUAAUUUUUGAAAAAUUUUUUUGUCUAUCUUUUUAACCCUAGCCUUCUAAAAAAAAAAAAACCUCACACAGCCCAGAUCAUAAUGUCGGCUGUCACGGGCAUUGUACUUGAUCUGAUUUUGUUUUCUUUAAAUUCAGCUUCCCAGUGAUGUUUCAAAUCUUGUGGAAAUGUUUAGGUUUUUAACAGACCCUGUCCUAGUCUGUGCAUUAGGGUCAAAGGUAGGAACAAUGGACUUCUGCCGUAAUGUAAAUUUCCAGUGCAAGCUUUAAUUUUUCCUUCAUUAGUAGCACUGAAAAAAAAUGACUGCAUGGGUAUGUUAUAGUUGAGUUUUUAAAGUUUUAAAGGCUUAUUUGAGGCAUACCUCACUGUUAUGCACACUGGUAACUUAACCAUGCCCCUAAGGUAUUCCUUUUCUCCUGCAUUUGAUGCAGCCCAACAAGGCUUCUGUUUUGAAAUAAAUCUGACCGGCUUGUCCAUAGCUACAGCACAUCAUCUGUGACUCAAGGCUCUUGGGGUCUCAGGUUCCAAAGGAGAAACCUACAUGCUUUUAGUUUGGUAUUCAUGAUCGAUAGAGUGUGUCCAUCUUUCAUGCUGGAUCCUGAAGAAUUCUCACAAAGAACCUGGUCCUUUCUUUGCAUCUCUGUGCCUGCCAGAGCUUGUUCUAAUUUUGCUUCCUUAGGGCCACAGUAUUGUUGAAUGUUCUCAUUUCAUAAAAUCUUAAGGUGCAAAUAACUUAAAAGAAUGAAUUACAAUCUAA